AUGGAUCUCGGCAAACGCUGCGGCAGCCCUGAAAGCCCCAAACGCAAGAAACGGAAAACGAAACAUGCUCUGAGACCCAGAUCAGCUUCAGUUCCAGCUCGAUCUAGGGCUCCACGGCCUGAGACUGCUCCUGAACCCAAGGCUGGAGACCCGUUGACGAAAGAAGCUCUUGAUGCAUUGGAUAAAUUCGUCAUGGCCAAUCCUAGUGCUGAGGCCUUGAACGAACGCGAGUCAGGGACAAAGAUGAAGCUUCGCUAUGCCCCUGAUUACUUCACUGCAUGUGACUUUGUUGCGCAAUGCGAGAUGCAAGAGAUUGCUGAAAAUGGAGGCUUUGAUAUGUCUGGCUUGAGAAUCGCCUUGCAUGACCGGACCCAUGACUAUGCUUGCAUUGAAGUUCCAAAGGGUGAGGAAGACUAUGCCGCUGAACAGUUUGCGGAUAACGAGGACGACGGAGCUGUCUGUGGAGACGACAAAGAUGGCAAAGCUCGUGAUAUCGACGAUACCCAGGUUGAAGGUGCUGUUGAUAUUGAAGGAAAUAUGACUGGCAACCGUACUAUCGAGCUUGCUUCCAAGGAGGCCUGGCUUGGGGCUCGCGGGAUGGUCCUGGACACUGCCGCUGAUGGAAGACUUGAGCUUCGCCCUCCUACUAGGCCAUCAUCUUCAGAGUCUGAUGAGGAAGAUGAGGAAGAUGAGGAUCCCAUGGUUGGCUUGCCAAUAUAUUUUUCAGAUCCAGCCAACUUGAACCUGAACGACUUUAUCCAGGUUCGCGCUGCCAUCGAGGAAACUGCUGUCAUCAUGAGGAGUCUUUUCGGCCGUCUGCAGAUGUUGGAGAAUGAGAACGAGGAUUAG